GCGGCGCCCGGCCAGUCGCGCGCCUCCGCGGCCCACCCCGACCACACCGCGUACCUCGCCGACUGCUCGCCACGCGGCUUAUUCUACCGACCACAUUGACUUAAAAGAAAGCCCACUUUCCGAACGACCAGGACCAUCAGCACGAUCUCGCUCAAUGAUUUACCUGUGAUAUUCGUACAAGCAAACGACACCGCAAGUCAUGCGGGCACGGAAAAUACCGCGAGCCGCCUCGCAGUCUCCCGCUCUUCCGUGCCGAGCACAUACUUUUACAUUAUGAGAGACAUUCAGAGCGUACCUGACACAUGUACAAAAAUUUUCGAUAUGUCAAUUCAAGAGGUGAACGGUAAGGGACCUAAAAAAAGGAAAAAGUCAUUGGAACAAAUCUGUGAUAACGAGGGGCAACGUGCGGAGUUGAACGAGAAUGCGAGAGAGGAAAAUGAGGAAGGAAGUGAGAAGAAUGCUGGUCCGAGAUCUAGUCGUGCGGAGGUCGGAGAAGGCGUGGAGCUGCUGCAUUGGCGCGAUAUGCCGAAGCACCUGCAGUUCAACCCUUACGUGCUGACUGGCUACCGUCCACUGCAGAGCUGGGGCGGUUGCGUACGCAGUCUCUUUUAUUUCCACAAUGAGACGAUUAAUAUUCUUACACAUGGCGUGUCUUUGGUGUUCAUGAUAGCUGUUCUUCCCGGUCUUUUGCCAUGGAGCGGCGGGGGCGCAGGUGCCUGGUUUCUCUCUAUGUGCCAUCUCCUCGGCGCACUGGCACCCUGGUGUGGCUCCUUCCUCUAUCAUCUCUUCAUGAACCAUACCCAAGGAGCAACCCUUUACCACAGACUGCUUCAGCUUGAUAUGUUGGGCAUCUGGGUCAGUCAGAGUAUCGGUGCAAUUCCGAUGGUGACGGCUACGGUAUACUGUGCAUCCGCUCCCCUGCGCUACGCCGCGCUCGCCGUCUACUGCCUGGGGAGUCUGCUGGGCCUUUAUAAAGCGAUGCGAGCUUGGUCGCCGUGGGAGAGGAGGCUUUGCUUUGCGGCCCCGUUCUGCAUGCGACUGCUGUUAGCGGGAGCACGGACGGCACGUCUCGGGGGCGGCGAUCCGCAUGCUAUCCUGCAUGUUUUCUUACAGGAUGCAGUAUCCUUGGGCGGUGGUGUUAUCGGAGCACUACAUAUCCCGGAGAAAUGGUUCCCGGGAUCUGUGGACCGCUGCCUCAAUUCACACAACAUCAUGCACGUGUUAGUCGUGCUAGCUGUGUACUCCAUGCACCAGGUGACAACGAAAGACCUGGCUUGGAUGUCAAGCGUAGACUGCAGAGCCCCGCUCCAUCAGCUCUGACGCAAGACCGACCUGUUAUAACUCAUAACCCCAAACAUGUAGUAACGCUCUUAUGAAGUGACUGUAUAUGACUUACUUGGCGAUAAAAUACACAUAUAACUUAAUUUAAUUUAUUAACGAGUUUAGAACGCAAUGUAACUGUUUGAUCAGUUGGUUAAAAAAUAAAUACCAAACCAAUGUAGAUCUUCCAAUAAAUCGCCAAGAUAGUCUAUAUUCCCCCUUGUAAGCGAGUCUAUUGAAGUGUGUCAAUAGUUUAAAUGAAUGCACAGGUAGGAAACAAAAUAAUAGGAAAACGAAAGUUGUCUUUUAAAUAUAUUCUUCGGAAAACAUCGGAUAUGUUUUUAAUACAGUAUUUCAAAUAAACAUACAACUAUUCAGGUUCUACGAGUCAUAUUAUAUAAAAGAAUCAUAAAUGCUAAUAAAUACAAAAGGAAACCAAAGUUAAGAGACAAUAUAAUGGCCUAUCGAUUCGUUUUCCGAACAGAAAUGUAACGUGAUAAAGCAUUUUUAAUGUUUUGAUAUAUUAACGGAAUUACAUUUAAACCAUACGAAGUGAAUCGUGAUCUGUUUUUAAUAGCUAUAAUAAUGAUAGACUUAAGAUAAUGAGUACAAUUAACGAUAUUGUUCUACACAUUACUAUCCGAAACCUUCCGUUGGCUUUAUACUAUAAUUAUAAAAUUAAUUAUAAAUCACAAGGUGUAUUUUCCAAAAC